AUGGAGAGGACAGCCGAGAGGCAGAUCUCAAAGUUAUCCCUUCAUCUUCAUAAUUCUGCUGAUCGUAACCUGCACCACUUAGAUGUCCUCUUCAGGAUAUGGGCUGCAGAUGGCAUCAAGGGAGAUACCCUGAUUGACAUUGGCACCGGCCCAACCAUCCACCAGUUCCUCUCUGCCUGCGAGUCCUUCCAGGAGAUCAUAGCUACCGAUUACACCGACCAGAACCGAGAGGAAGUGCAGCGAUGGCUGAAGAAGGAACCUGGGGCUUUCGACUGGAUGCCUGUCGUGAAAUACAUCUGUGAGUUGGAGGGGGACAAAGAAAAAUGGCCAGAGAAGGAAGAGAAGGUCCGAAGAGCCAUCAAGCAGUACCUGAAAUGCGAGGUGACCCAACCCAACCCUUUGGCUCCGCUGGUUCUUCCUCCUGCAGAUUGUCUGCUCUCCAACUUGUGCUUCGAUGGGGCUUGCAGAGACAUCCCCACCUACCAAUCAGCCUUCAGGAACAUCAGUUCCCUUCUGAAACCAGGGGGGCACCUUGUCUUUCAUUCAACGCUUGAGGGAUAUUACUACAUGGUUGGCCAACGGAAGUUCUCUGCCCGCUACUUGGAGAAGGAGAUGAUAGAAGAGGCAGUGAGACAGGCUGGCUUUGUCAUUAAAUGGAUUGAGGAGACCAGGAUCCAUUUCCCCCCUUCUCUAUCAGAUGCGAAGGGGCUGUGUAUUCUUUUUGCCCAGAAAUGUAGCCUGUGA